GCCUUGCGCGCUGCGGGCUCUUUGCGUCUGCGUAGUUCGCUCACCUCCCUUUCUAACUCCGCUGCGGCCAUGGCUCCAGUGAAAAAACUUGUGGCGAAGGGGGGCAAAAAAAAGAAGCAGGUUCUGAAGUUCACUCUUGAUUGCACCCACCCUGUAGAAGAUGGAAUCAUGGAUGCUGCCAAUUUUGAGCAGUUUUUGCAAGAAAGGAUCAAAGUGAAUGGAAAAGCUGGGAACCUUGGUGGAGGGGUGGUGACCAUCGAAAGGAGCAAGAGCAAGAUCACCGUGACAUCUGAGGUGCCUUUCUCCAAAAGGUAUUUGAAAUAUCUCACCAAAAAAUAUUUGAAGAAGAAUAAUCUACGUGACUGGUUGCGCGUAGUUGCUAACAGCAAAGAGAGUUACGAAUUACGUUACUUCCAGAUUAACCAGGAUGAAGAAGAGGAGGAAGAUGAGGAUUAAAUUUCAUUUAUCCGGAAUAUUUUGUAUGAGUUCUUGAAUAAAACUUGGGAACCAAAAUGGUGGUUUAUCCUUGUAUCUCUGCAGUGUGGAUUGAACAGAAAAUUGGAAAUCAUAGUCAAAGGGCUUCUCUUGGUUCGCCACUCACUUAUUUGUAACUUGACUUCUUUUUUUCUGCUUAAAAAUUUCAAUUCUCGUGGUAAUACCAGAGUAGAAGGAGAGGGUGACUUUACGGAACUGACAGCCAUUGGGGAGGCAGAUGCCGGUGUGGAGGUGUGGGCUGAAGGUAGUGACUGUUUGAUUUUAAAAAGUGUGACUGUCAGUUGUAUCUGUUGCUUUUCUCAAACAAUGAUUCAGGGAUACAAGUGGGCUCCUCUCGUUCAUUAAAAGAAAACGUGACAUCUUUCUAAGAUUCUCUGUGGGAAAAUGACAGUGUCAAUAAAAUGCGGGUUUCUGGGCCA